AUGGUGCUGCCAAGUCGGUCCAGUUGGGCAGGGUACUCGGCGGAGCAGAUCUACGGGCUGGUGGCUGAUGUGGGGGAGUACUGGCAAUUCGUGCCCUGGUGCAGCCGGUUGGACGUGCUCCCCCACCACGGGCAGGUGCUGCGGGCAGAGCUCGAGGUCGGCUUCCCGCUCCUCCUGGAGCACUACGUCUCCCAGGUCUUCCUGGACUCCCAGUGGAUCCGGGCCGGCAGCCGGGACUGCUGCUGCUGCUGCCGCCGCUUCAGGCACCUGGAGCUGUUGUGGUGGCCCGGACGGACGGACGGACAGACGGACGCACGCCUGCUUGCUGGACUUCCGGGCGAGUGCCUCCCCCUGCACGGGGUCCGCCGGGGCAGGCGGGGCUGCAGGCACCACCGGCUGCCGUUCCGCCUCCUCACCGGAGACGCCGGCCCUUCCCCACCGGCAGCCCCGCCCGGGCCUUCUGCCCGGCCCGAGGCAAAACGCCGGGACCCCCGGUUCGCCGGACGGGGACCCCCCGCGCGGGCGGUGGACUCUGACCCAGGCCCGGCGCUCCUGCGUCACCCUGACGUCAGGGCGGUUACGAAACCGCCGGCCAUCGACCGGCCGGGGCCCGGGCCGGGGGCGGGGGGGCCGCGGUUUGCUGCCCCAACCCAGCUGACGUCUCUCCUUCGGCCCGCCGUGGCUCCGCCGCCGGCCCCGCGCAAGGUGGACGCUGCCUGCAGCGACAAUGGCCUGGACUCAGCGCUCUUUAUGGAAAACUCGAGGAAAGGAAGCAUAGUGUCACGAGCCAACAGUAUCGGCUCCACUAGUGCCUCUUCUGUCCCCAAUACAGAUGAUGAGGACAGCGAUUAUCACCAGGAGACCUACAAGGAGUCGUACAAGGACCGGCGCAGGCGGGCGCACACCCAGGCGGAGCGGAAGAGGCGAGACGCCAUCAAGAAAGGCUAUGAUGACUUGCAGGCCAUUGUUCCUACCUGUGAGCAGCAGGAUUUCUCCAUAGGCUCCCAGAAGCUCAGCAAGGCCAUCGUCCUCCAGAAAACCAUUGACUACAUCCAGUUCCUGCAUAAGGAAAAGAAGAAGCAAGAGGAGGAAGUUUCUACCCUCAGGAAAGACGUAAUGGCCUUGAAGAUCAUGAAAGUGAACUACGAGCAGAUUGUGAAAGCUCAUCAGGACAACCCAAACGAGGGGAAGGACCAGGUCUCUGAUGAGGUGAAGUUCAAUGUUUUCCAAGGCCUUAUGGAUUCCUUGUUCCAGUCCUUUAAUGCCUCCAUCUCAGUAACGAGUUUUCAGGAGCUCUCAGCAUGCGUCUUCAGCUGGAUUGAGGAGCACUGCAAACCCCAGGCGCUGCGGGACAUUGUGAUCGGGGUCCUGCACCAACUGAAGAGUCAGCUCUACUGAGCCUUCCCCUCGCAGUGCCAGCAGCGCCGGGGCUGCCGCCGCCUACUACACCCGCGGGGACGGGGCACCUCCUGCCCGGGGGCCUGGGUGAUGGGUGCCAGGAAGGGCUGGGCCAUCUCCCUCAUGGCUGUUCUUAAAGCUUCUCUGAAUUAUUUAUUGUAUUAACUACAAAACCAAAACGAGGCUGUGCAGACACCUCUGCUCCACAGGUACUGUGACAGUCGAUCUUACCAAAUAUUUGUAGGGACUUAGCAAAGAGAGGAAAAAAAGUGUGUACUGAGUAGAGGUCUUUUAAGGUGCCAGAGAGUCUUUAGCUCAGGCAGGCACAGUGGGGUUUGCCUGUGUCACUGACUCUCCACUGUGAAGCAGAUCUGCUCCGUAACCUCAGGCCUCUGACACAACCCCUUCUGAUCCUGGGGAAGGGGGAAUGAAACAAGAACGGAUGCUAAAAGCUGUUGGUUUCUGUAAAAACAGACUAUGAAUAGGCUUCUCCCGUAACUGCGGGCUUUCUUGUACCUCUCUCUGAACCAGCUCUUACAGGGCAGGGUUUUUAAGUUAAGUUGUGUAGAUGCUUUGGGGAAGCUGGCAGAGCUGGCUGAAGGAUGGGCCCCUCACCACCAGGGAGACCCUUACUCGGCACAGCCACAACCUCCCUGGUGCAGAGCUGGCAGCACGGGAUGGGGACUUGCUAAAACCUGACCUCUUCUGCUGUAGCUGUAGUUCCCCUGAAAGGGAGAUGGGAGUGAGCUUUCUGUGCCGGCUUUUCCUGAGCGAGUGCUGAAACGUGUGUGGCUUCAUGUCUUUGGGUUUUGAUGUGGCCGUACUGAACAGGAAAGCAGUUCAGCAGCUGUAGGACAGCACUGCCACAAGCUCAUGCUGCUCCUCCUUAGAACUUUUAUAUACGCACAUAUAUACAUAACCAGCCUUGAUUUGAUUUUAUUUUUUUGUUUUUAUAAAUCACUGAAAUCAUCCUGAAAUAUUAUCAGUGUCAGCUUUGCAGACAGAUGCUCUCUGGAAUACUUUUUAACCUGUCACAUGCUGCUGCUGUCAGUAUGGUUCAUGGCUCUGGCCAACACAAAUACAUUGUGGCACGGUGUAGCCGUUGCCCAAGUGAUGGUUGUUCACCGCACAGAGCGAUUGUAUCAGGGUCUUCCUGCGCGGUGAUGCUGGCAGCAGGAUUUGUUCUCUGUAAUCAUGUUCGUGCUCCUGCUCCAGGGUAGUGGAUAUUUAUUUUUACACUGUUUUUCCACUGUUGAUGAGGUAGCACUUGGCGCCAGGUUAUGUGGUUUGAAUGCUGCAGCAUGAGAAUGUUUAAAGCUACUGCUCCACUUCAUUUAGUAGUGGAGAACCCACUCGGGGGUAUGAUUUCUAUAUAGAAUUAUUCUUCAAACCCUGCCUUUGGGUGUCCUUUCCAAGGCAAUGCAAUGGAAGCCUCAGAGUCAAACCCUGCAGUGAUGCACAUCACUGAUAAAGCAUGCACAGGGUCAGCUGUGUCCGGUCUGGAAGAUAUUGCUUUGUGAUGAAAAAAAUCCUCUCAUGGGUGAGCAGGUUAGGGUUAGGGCUCUGCGGCUGAACAAGGGGCACAGACUGAACCCCUGGAGAUUUUCUGCCAGAAGCUGCCUUGGGAGGAGGACAUGGAGUUUUACAGACCUCACAUGUGAAAGCGACAUAUUUUUCUAUUGUGAAAAGUAAUUAAAUAAAUUUUGCUGAAUGGUUUAAUGAUUUUUCUGCUUUUAUUUCUGUUGCCAAGUUCCUGGACCCUUCCCCUAGAACCAGUCAGAGACAGAGAGGUAGUUUAUGGAAGCCCGGCCCAGCCGUCAUGGCUCAGGUUACUUGCUCCUGGCUCUUGCCUUCCCCACCCCUCAGGGCUGCUGUGACCGAGAGCCCAAGCCCUGCCCUGACACCCUUUGAACAGAAAAGCACCACAGCAAAGCACAGCUGAACCAAAAGCCUGGUGUUUAAUGGGCUGUUUUCUCCUGCACCACUCAGUCACGCUGUGGGAAGUGGCUGAAAUACACAUAGAGCUCUGCAGCCCUAACAGUCACUAGAUCAUUCGCCUUCCUGAGGCACUCUCUUCCUUUUCUUACUGGAACACCAGGGACUCUACAACAGUAUACUUACACCUUCCCCGCGACAGCUCGCUGCACCAAAGCGCAGGAAGAAAUAACAUUCCCUCUGCACAUGAGACAGUGAGAGGGCCCAGUGCUGAGUCAAUCCCUGCAGCCACCCUUCCAGCUGCAAAGCAUUUUAAAACAAACACACAUAAAUAUGCAGGACCAGCCCAACCCCUGCAAAAA